AGCCUUGGACAUUUGAUCAAAUAUAACUUUGUUCCAAAUCUUGCCAAAACCAAAACUAGUGUACUAAUUAAGAUAUAGAAUGAAUGUGCUUGGUUUAUUUUUAAGAAAAGUAAAACCGUAUAAAAAUUUAGCAAAUUGUAGUUUGAUAAGAUGUAACUAUUUGUUAAACGUAAACUCAAGUACAACUUUUGCAAACAGCUGCUGUAGAUCACUAAUUAAAAUAAAAGAAUUUAGCAAAUCUAUUUCAACAAAAAGUAGUUCACAUGACAAUUCAGCUAAUCAAAAUGAAUCAGAAAUUUUAAAAAUUAAAAGUGAUGCUGCAAGAGCUUUAAAACCAUAUGUACAAUUAAUGAGAUUAGAUAAACCAAUAGGAGCUUGGCUCUUAUAUUGGCCUUGUACAUGGAGUAUUGCUUUAAGUGCAGCGCCGGGCCAUUGGCCUGAUUUUUAUAUGCUAGCUUUAUUUGGAACGGGAGCUCUAAUAAUGCGCGGCGCUGGUUGUACUAUUAACGACUUAUGGGACAAAGAUAUUGACAGCAGAGUUGAAAGAACAAAACUGAGACCAUUAGCAUCUGGAGCUAUUAAACCCUUUGAUGCCAUAGUUUUUUUAUCAGCCCAGUUAAGUAUUGGAUUGCUGGUUCUUUUGCAACUUAAUUUACAUUCUAUUAUGUUGGGUGCAUGUUCCUUGGGUCUUGUUAUAUUAUACCCGUUAAUGAAACGAAUUACAUAUUGGCCACAAUUUGUAUUAGGAAUGGCUUUUAAUUGGGGGGCAAUACUUGGAUGGGCAGCGGUGCACAACGAUGUGAAUUGGCAAGCAUGUUUACCUUUGUAUAUGGCCGGAGUUUGUUGGACUAUAGUAUAUGAUACCAUAUACGCUCAUCAAGAUAAAAAAGAUGACAUCGAAGUGGGGAUUAAGUCAACUGCCAUACGCUUCGGAGACCGCACGAAAAUUUGGUUGACAGGAUUUUCCACCGCAAUGCUAUCUGGUCUUGUUACUUCUGGUAUUGUAUGUGAACAAACCUGGCCAUAUUUUACAGCUGUUGGAUUAGUUGCGGGUCAUUUAGCUCAACAAAUAUAUUCUUUAAAUAUUGACAUCCCCUCAGAUUGCGCAAAAAAAUUCAUUUCUAACAGCCAAGUAGGAUUAAUACUAUUCUUGGGUAUUGUUUUGGGUACACUUUUAAAACCACAGGACAAUAAUAAUAAUAAAUCUUUGACCGCAUGUGGUAAUAAUUCACUUUUAGAUGUUUUGAAAAAUAAUAAUUUAUAAUUAGAAUAUAAUUCUCAGAAUUAUUGCUAUACCAAAGUCAUUUCCUAAAUUCCAUAAAUAAAAUUUCAGUUACUAAUAAUUAUUCAUAACUUUAAAAAUAUAAUUUCAAAUUGUAAUAAGAUGUGAUA